CAGCCCUCCACCACCUUUUCUUCAAAAUUUCUUUCCUUCAGAAAUCAGAAUCAAUCAUCAAUGUUGUUGCAACAACACAUUUGGCUUUGUUGUUGCAAUAACCCAUUUUUUCUUUUAGGUCUUUAAUUUCAAGAACCAAGAAACAAAACCUUUUUAUCUACUUUUUUUCUUAAAAUUUCAAAAAAAAAAUCAAAAUGGAAGCAUUAAGAGUAUCUUCAAACCCAUCCUAUGAAAGAUUACCAACAUCGUUCUACACUUCAACCCCAGCAGAGACAAACAACAACGUUAAUUGGACGGAUUCAAAUUCCUCAGAAUUCGACAACCUAAGCGUGUCACAAAAAGUUGGAUCUCUCCUAUUUGUUGCGACCAUGGUUUUUGUUCUCAUAGUAGGCCUCUUCGCCCUAUUAGAUUUUAGUAUGUCAAGAACGAUCAAUCAAUCAAAUGCUCAAAUCAUCGAGAUGCAUGGAAUUCGUUUACAAUCAAUAGUCAUUUACGAUUUACAAUCCAAAAUGAAUUCAACAUUUAUCGCCGGAUGUAAUGUCACGUUCAACGCCACGAACAGACGUGACGUGGAAUAUUUUUACGAUAAGGGAGUGAUUUGGGUGAUAUUUGAUGAGAAAAUUAUGUGGACAUUACCAACACCAGAAUUUUAUCAAGGAAUUGGAGAGACAACGUUGGUUAAUGCUUCUGCUAGUCCAGCAAAAAUGGAGACAGAUUUAUAUGUUCCAAGAGCACUAGCAAGUGAUAGAAAAUUGCAUGAAUGGGAAAUGUUUAAGGUAAGGUUUGAUUUAUAUUAUAGGGGAGGUGUAGGAAGAAAUGGAUUUAAUUUGGGCGGGUUGAAAUAUUUUUGUAAUGUUAAUAUGACUUUUCGUGAUGAGACUACUCUUGUUGGUGGACCAAGUGAUUGUAUUGGUAGAGUAGAGGAUAUCACUAGUUGUGACAAUUUAUUCUUUUGUUCUAAUUGAAAACAAAGCAAGCGGCAUAAGCUAGCCCAUUUUGAUUAAAUUAAAAUGCUUUUUUUUUUGUGC